GGCGUGCAACUGUGCGGAGGCAUUUAGGACCCAGGGGAAAGCCAGGCUCGGUAUAGAAGGACAGAGUCUCGGCGCACACGCCUCCCACCAAAAUCACAGCCCCGUGGAGCCACCGGGGCUCAUUCACAGCUUUCUAGAGAAAUCUGAGCUCGAACCUGCCAGAAUAGGAGAUCUCACUCACCCCGUUCAGCCGGGAGGACACCUGCAGAAACACAUUCCCAAAGCAAGCCUGGGCGGCUGUGUGAAGUGAGCAAUGGCCUCGAUUUUGCUUGUGUUUGGAAUGGUCACCACCACAUAGGGCCUGAAUGUCCUACUGCUUUCCAGGAACAGAAAGAAGACCCCAUAUUUGUCUGUUUCAGUGGAAGUCUGGUAGUAGGAAAACUGUUGCAUUGGCCACGAUUUCAGCACACUGUCAGGUGAAUGGGACCAGUCUUUCUUCUUCCAAAGCAUCAGAAAUUGAGCACUUGGAAAGGAGAUUUGGCCAAGAUGACCCAUUUGCAGGCGGGACUCAGUCCAGAUACUAUAGAGAAAGCACGCCUGGAACUGAAUGAAAACCCGGAUGUUUUACAUCAGGAUAUUCAGCAAGUCAGGGACAUGAUCAUCACCAGGCCUGACAUUGGAUUUUUACGUACAGAUGAUGCUUUCAUCUUGAGAUUUCUCCGAGCCAGGAAGUUUCAUCAAGCGGAUGCAUUUAGACUCCUGGCCCAGUACUUCCAGUACCGCCAGCUAAAUCUGGACAUGUUCAAAAACUUCAAGGCAGAUGAUCCUGGCAUUAAGAGGGCUUUGAUUGAUGGGUUCCCUGGAGUGCUGGAAAACCGUGACCAUUAUGGCAGGAAGAUUCUUCUGCUGUUUGCUGCCAAUUGGGAUCAGAGUAGGAACUCCUUCACAGACAUUCUCCGUGCCAUCCUACUGUCCCUGGAAGUCCUUAUUGAAGAUCCGGAGCUUCAGAUAAAUGGCUUCAUUUUAAUUAUAGACUGGAGUAAUUUUUCCUUCAAACAAGCUUCCAAACUGACACCUUCAAUCCUUAAACUGGCCAUUGAAGGUUUGCAGGACAGCUUUCCUGCCCGCUUUGGAGGAGUCCAUUUUGUCAACCAGCCCUGGUACAUUCAUGCUCUGUAUACACUCAUCAAGCCAUUCCUUAAAGACAAGACCAGGAAACGGAUUUUCCUGCAUGGAAAUAAUUUAAAUAGCCUUCACCAACUAAUACAUCCUGAAUUUUUGCCCUCUGAAUUUGGAGGAACCCUUCCUCCUUAUGACAUGGGAACAUGGGCCCGGACGUUACUUGGUCCUGACUACAGUGAUGAAAAUGACUACACUCAUACUUCCUAUAAUGCAAUGCACGUGAAACAUACAUCCUCCAAUCUGGAGAGAGAAUGCUCGCCCAAGCCGAUGAAAAGAUCUCAGUCUGUGGUAGAAGCUGGGACCCUGAAACAUGAGGAGAAGGGAGAAAAUGAGAACACUCAGCCACUCCUGGCUCUGGACUGAGCCCAAGCCACCCUGAUGCUCCUGUACCCUGGCCUUCAGUGGUAUCAGCCACCCAGAAAGCACAUGUGCAACUGAUCCACACAGACACGUGUGUUCUGCUUGACACAAGGUCCUCCACUCCUGCCCCCAGCAAUGACUGUCAAGAGCCAUCAGUCUGAGCAGCCAAAGUUGGACAGAGAUUUGAGAGAUGCUUUUUGUUUUAGAGAGGGGAUUUGGAGGAUGAAGCAAGGAAUUCAUGUAUAAAAGGUUCUCACUCCCUACAUAUUUAUAGGAUCAAAUGAAUUAAAAAAGUGAAAAUCUGAAUUUGAUGCACACACUGUAUUAGGGUGAGGAUUUUUCUGAGAAAUCAAUCACACAGGGACCCUCUCUAGUUUUCACAAAUUAAGAAUAAAUGUAUUUCCAAGUAAAUACAUCACAGUUAAACUGUGCAGACAUGAUUGUCAAGUUCAAUGUUGUGCAGAGCUCUGAAACAUAAUCUCUAAUUUCCAUUCUUAUUGAAUUCUGUUCUUUGACCUCAUCACCAGCAUAGAAUUGUUCAGCCUAAGAGCAUGUUCUCAUAGGUCUGGUUAUUUGCAAAGUUUUCUUAUUUUGAUAUCCUGCAAAAAAAAAGAUUUUGAUUUUAUGUUUUUUGUCAGGCCACUAGCUGAAAUCCAUGAGCUGACUUUCAAAGACACAUACAAUUGGAGAUAUGACUUUAGCUUAGCAAUGUGACUUCCCACAGGCAUUCUGAGAACCCAAAGAAGAGGUGUCUCAUCAAAAACAUAUGUCAGUGAUUAAUAAACCCAUUCAAGUUGGCUCACUUGGGUCACUACAGCCAAGAGAAGUGCUACCAAACCAUUUAACCCUCUACCCUCCUGCAAUCAUUAAGGUUAUAGAGAAAGGCCCUGGCCAUUGAUGAGUGUAGAGCUAUUAAAUCCUGGAGGAAGACCCUGGAGAAUGGCUAAAUAUGACAUAUAGAGUAAAAGAAGGCUAGGAAUGCAGGACAAAUGCCAAAGAUCAUUUUAUUUCUUUAUCUAUUAUUCUUAGAAAUGGAAUCUCCAUCUACCCAUUCAAAGGAAAUUCAACACAAGAUAAACAGAUGUCACAGACAAUUAUUUGUGUCAUGUUUCCCAAAAUCUGUUGUAUAUUUUAGAUAUAUCUUAGCUGCCUAGCCAUCUGCAUGGCAUGGUAUUAAUUAGUAUGACCAAUUGGUGCUUAGUGUCAAAGCAAAACUACUUUAGUUGAUAAUGGGCAGUAAAAUGUGAUUUUACAAUGAAGUUGAUUUGUUAGCUGAACAGUUCAAAGUAAAGAGGUGACUGAUCCAACUGGCCAU